AUGUCUAUUUUGUUUCGAGGCUCUCAAAUUGUCUCGAGACACAUCAAUCAACCAAUAAGAUGGACCUACAAAAUUGUGAGCUCGAGGCCCUAUAGCAAGAGCAAAGGGAAAACUCGCAAGCCUGCCCAGUUGAUAUACCCCGAUGCUCCCACCAAGGAACACUCCGACCUCGCGACAUUCCUAUCGUAUGUGGAACGCUCCAGUCUGAAUAAGAGAUCUACAGUUUAUAGGGGCACACACUACGAAUACACAGUCUCUGACACCCUGUCUCAGUAUGGCUUCUUUCUCAAGCGCGUUGGGGGCCAAUCAGACCGCGGCAUGGAUCUUCUGGGUACAUGGACGCUGCCGUCAACAUCGCAAACGUCAAAAGUGAUCCUUCAGUGCAAAGCAGGAGCCCGGGGCCCAAGCCCUAUGUACAUCCGCGAGCUCAAGGGUGCUAUGGGAGCAGCACCUCCAGGAUGGCGCGGCACCGACGUCCUGGGCUUGCUGGUGGGUGAAAAACCAGCCACGAAAGGCGUGCAGACCGAGAUGCACUCUGCGGAUGUGGCGAUGGGAUACGUAUGUUGCUCGAAAGAGGGCGAGGUUCUGCAGCUGUUGUGGAAUCUCAAAGCCCAGGAUAUGGGGCUCGAUGGAGUGUCGGUUGGUGUGAAGUACGGGGAAGGGAAGAGCCAACUUGUGCUGAUCAGAGGAGGGGAGAUGUUGCCGCUUUUGGAGAAGCUCAAGACUGAGGUUGAAGAUGUGGUGGUUGUGCCUGCAAGUAAAGCUGAAGAGGCGGCGAGCUGA